AUGUUAAAUUCCUCAUCAUUGAAUCAUAUUGAAGAUUGCUUUUAUGAAAAACGAUUUGACACUUCAUUAAAUGGUUAUAAUGAUCUUCAUGAUCAUUGGAUAUCAGAAUUAGAUUGUUUAGAACGUUGUUUAAGAUUCAAACCACAACGCUGCAGGUCAUUUGAACAUUGGCGUUCACAUCGCCACGGUCUAUGUGUGCGUGCUAAUAUUUCACUAAGCGAACAACCAUCAUCAAUAGGAACAAAUUUAUUUGUCGAUUAUUAUGAAAUCGAUUGCCGACAAGAUACGAAAGCUGUUAGAUUACAAACAACAAGUUGUCCAGGUGAUCAAUUAAAUAUAUUUGUCGCAUUAAAUGGUAUUGAUCGAAACUAUGUUCUACUCGGGGAUAGUAGUUGCAAACCAGUCUGGUCAAAUGAAACACAUGCGGAAUUUAUUACUCAUGUCGAUAAUUGUUCAUUGAUUUUAACAGAAGGUUCAAUUGUUGGUAAACUUCGUUGGGAAGGCGUAGAUAAAGCUACGAAUGAAGCUCGACAAUAUGAACGAUUUUUUCUCUGUCCAAGUGAUAUACUUCAAAUGCGUUCAGCUCACUGGAUUUCAACAGCAUCUAGCACGCCCACCACAACACUUACUAAAAGUACUCUAUCACUAAGUUCUAUUCGUCAUCGUGUAACACCAACAGCGUUUAAUGAAGAAGAACUUCCUCUAGCAACGCAAAGCAUUUCUUUACGCUGGAUUACACAUAAUCGAACGUAUUCUUGUCCGAAAACUUGUUCUAUCUCGCUUUAUUCUCUUAUUCAUGUGACAUUUGAUGAUUCAAUAUACUUAUCCUCGAGAUUUUUAAUCGAAUCGUGUGAUUUAAUAGCUCUUUAUCCAUACUCGAAUUAUGUACAAAAACGUCAAUUGAUAUACCAGGGUUGUCCAAUGGAUUCAACUGUGAUUCAUUUACCAUCUGAAAUGGAUACUUCAUCGACAUUUUAUUAUUCAUUUUAUCUCUAUAAUAUUCUUAAAGAGCCGAUACCAUUUCAAAUUCAAUGUCAAAUAUUAGAUCAUGAAGACCACCCUUCAGUCAAUCGUACUGAUUGUUCACAAUUAUCACUAGUCGAUAAGAACGAUUUAUCAAUAAUUAAAGGUGACAAAAGACAUUAUUCAUACAUCUUAUUUCGUUCAUCGCCGGUUUAUGUUACAAGACAAUUACCAUUAAGCUUCUUUGAACGAGAUAAAUCCAAUGCCCCUAGUUCCAUCGCCGUCCAUCACAUUCAGUGUUCUCUACUUACUUUUUCUUUUCUUAUUCAUUGGACUUUUGAUUACUAUGCUAGAUGA